GGCUGCUUACCAGAAUUGAGCGUAGUUACGUAGGUACGUGUCUGUGUCGUGACGUGAUUUUUCUACACUUGUGAUAAUCAGUGUUGGUGUGUUUUUUGUGUAAAUAUUAUUUGCCAAUUAGUUAUUCAUUGUCUUCAAUUUAAUUUAUGUCAAUAUUGAGAUAGUCACGAGGUGAGGUGUGGCAUCACGUUUAACUGCUGUUACAAAGAGAUAAUGGAAAAUGCAACAAGAAUCGGUGUGUAACAGCUGUGAUUCAGGCUCUGAAAUGUUAAUUGUUGAAAUGGAGAGAGUGCAUGAGCCCUUUCAGUCGUGUCGACCCGGCUUUGAUGGCGUUUUCAAAAGUCGCUCCUCAACCCUCCACUAAAUGAUGAGUCAUAGUUUGCAGAGCUCCGCACCGCUCACCCAGAGGUUUCAGCCAAUGACAAUAGUGGGUCUGGGGCCUGAGUGGCUUCAGCAUUGCCCCGAUGUCAUGGACAAAGAGAGAGAGAGAGACAGGGAGAAAGAUAAACUUUCUCCUACACCAUCUCUUCCAGACAAAAAACUUGAAGUCAAGUUGUCAGCUAUGCCAUGGUUCCAUGGCAAAAUCUCUCGGGAACAGGCGGAACAGCUGUUGCAGCCGAAACAGGACGGACUGUUCCUCGUCCGCGAGUCGACCAACUUCCCGGGUGACUACACACUGUGCGUCUGCUUCCAGGGCAAGGUCGAGCACUAUCGAGUCAAAUACAAGAGCAAUCAACUCACCAUCGACGACGAGGAGUUCUUCGAGAAUCUGGCACAACUUGUCGAGCAUUACGAGCAAGAUGCCGAUGGACUUUGUACACAACUUGUAAAAUGUUUACCGAAGAAAGGUAAACAGGACUUCUGUAUAGAUACGAAAAAGUUUGUGGAAGCUGGAUGGGUGAUACAUGAGUCGCAAUUAGAGUUGCGCGAGUCGAUAGGUAAGGGUGAGUUUGGGGACGUGAUGCUAGGACUGCUUCGAGGCGAGAAGGUGGCUGUCAAGAUGCUCAAGGACUCGAGCGAGGCAGCGCAAAAGUUCCUAACCGAAGCCUCGCUCAUGACAUCGCUGAGACACGAGAAUCUGGUGCAACUGUUGGGUCUGGUGUUCAAUAACAAACACAUCUACCUGGUCACGGAGUUCAUGAGCAAAGGCAGUCUUGUCGACUACCUCAGAUCUCGCGGACGCCUCCACGUCACCAAAAAGGAUCAGAUCAAUUUUGCCGUGGAUACGUGCGCGGGCAUGGAGUACCUGGAGUGGCGGCGGGUGGUGCACCGCGACCUGGCAGCCAGAAAUGUGCUGAUCGCAGAGUCGGGUGCCGCCAAAGUGGCCGACUUCGGGCUGGCCAGGGAGGAGAACUUCACGCUGGACGCCGGCAAACUGCCCAUCAAGUGGACGGCACCCGAGGCCCUCAGGCAGGCUGUAUUUUCGAACAAGUCGGACAUGUGGAGUUUUGGAAUCCUAUUGUGGGAAAUUUAUUCCUUUGGACGAGUGCCUUACCCGAGAAUUCCACUGGCGGACGUUGUAAAACAUGUUGAAAAAGGGUACAAAAUGGAGGCUCCUGAAGGCUGCCCACCUGAAGUCUACGAAAUUAUGAGAUCGGCAUGGGAUCUAUUGCCAGAAAAACGACCGAACUUCAAAGACGUCAAGUCUAAACUGGUCCAGUUGAAGGCGACAACACUGUGAGACUUUCAUGUUGCAACAUAACGGACUCUAUGUUACUCGAACAUUGUCAUGUUGCUACAGAGACUGUCAUGUUGAGUGAGUGGCAUUACUGCUUGGUGCGAACAACACAGUUGUUCAAUGUAAAUAACCAUUCUGUACAGGAUGAUUCAUUCAGAGCUUGCACUGUUUCUAGAUGGAUAGGUUUUCCGUAGGGUAGUUUCACAAGGAUUGCCCUAUUAUUUCCAAUUUUAUUAACAUUUUGAGUCAUUUUUACAAAUAAAUAACAUAUUUUAUUUUAUUCUUUAUUUUUACGACCAUUUGCACCAACCAAAUGAAACGACAAUUAAAUGGUCGCGUUUAUCAUUAUGUUUUUCAAUCCGAGUUUAAUAGUUGAUCUAUUUUCAUUUGAACUGAGAUGGUGCAUAAUUGUCUAAUUGUAGAAGAAAGUUCUUCGUUUGAGACCUAGAUUAGACGCUGACUACAUAUUUGGAAAUGUUUCGCACUUUCAUAAUUUGUCCGUAGAAAACCUGAUACGAAAUUGAACUUUCUAUUUUGUUGUUUCAAACACAGUCAACACAGCAGAUAUACAGUCAAUAUAUUGAUGAAAAUGAACUUUUUAGUUCAAUUACCGAACUUUUUCAGUAGUAUUUUUAUAGUGGGGAGUUGGAGUCACUAUAAAUAUAAAUGCCUGGAAAAUGGUUUUCGGCUUGCCAAAUACAGCAACGUGGGAAACUUUCCAGGGGCUAGUAAGAUGGUCAGUAAGCAUGCUCAUUAGAUGGUCAGGUGGCAAUGGCCUUUGUAACAAUCCUAAUUCAUAAAUGUAUUUCAAUCCUAAAAUACCUGUUAUCUCUUUAUAUACGUUGAUGUUUCUUCUCUUUAUAUUAAAUAUACACAACGUCCAAUUAAUAGCAACCCAAAUUCAACCGCGAAUUCAUUACUUCAAUUUUGACUAGAGUUUGUUUUAUUUAGUUGCUGAAAUUUAAAAUUGAAAUGCAAAGAUGGAUCAAAGUUGGCUGAACCUUACAAUUUUCAAUACCCACUGCAUCUUAUCAAGGUUAUGAUAGUGGAUAAGAUGAUAUACUGUAGUAAUUAUUGUUCUAUAGGCUACCUAAUCCAAACUAAUAACAUCACAUUAUUAGAAAGUGCUUCCUUCUGGAAGAAUAGUUAUUGAUGUUUAUGUAAGUUUUUAUUUUUAUUAAAGUCAUUUUAUUGAGUUAAUGUAAUUAAAAAGUAUUUUAUGCAUUGACUAAGUGAAGUCAAUUUAUAAGAGUUGAAAUGCCGACCGUAUGAGAUUGCAAGCUCAUAAAAUUGUAAUCCAAUUGGAGCAAGGUCAAGACACGUUCCCAUGAUGCAUUACAGCAAUUUGCCUCAAUAUGGCAUAUUGAGUCUUCUUUUGAAGUCAGUUUACUUUCUAUUUUGGUCCACUGAUCACUGCUCACCUCGAAAUUGUAAUAAGUUAAUUAGACUAUUCAGGUUCCUCAGAAAUGAGAGUGUUCGAAUUAGAUUGUAUAUUUAAAUGUGUUGUCUGCUUUGAAAUGGGGAACAGACUUCAGCGCUACAGUGGGCGUUUUAUAGUCAACUAAUAUUACAAAAUUCCUGAUUCUAAAAUUAUCAAAUAACUGAGCAUAAUUAUUAUAAUUGAAGUUUAAAAGCAAAACACCAACCUAGCCUUUAACUAAGGUCUCCCCAACCAUAAUCCUUUUUUUUAAUUGCGGAUGAUGUCCACAUGAACUUUUUUGCUUGUGCGUCCGUGGGUAAUGGGGAGUGCGAGAGUAUGUUAUGUAUGAUAUGAUCAAACGUCCAUGCCUAAUCGAUGAAUUUCGGUGGGAUUCGAACCCGCGACCAGGUAGCAUUAGCAGACUGAAGGGUGCAACGCCUGAGUCAACUCGGCUAUCUGGCCUUCUAAUUUCAUUUAAAAUGAUGACCACACCUGCAUUCUUAGCCGUUCGUUAAUAUUGCUCUUGUUUUUAAGCCAAUGUUAGGGAAUUGACAGCCUGCAAACGUUCAGUGAAGUGAGAGGAAAAGUAAUAGAUAUAAAACGUCCGCUAUUAGGGACGCUAAGACGCUAUAUAUAUAUAUAGAAAUAGCGAUUAGCACCAGCCACCGUAGAUAGGGGGGGCGCUAUAUCUAUAUAUAGCCACUAUUGAUAUAGCGGUAGACAUCAGCCACUAUAGAUAGGGCGCUAUCUUUAUAGAUAUAGAUUGAUAUAGCGAUAAGCACCCGAGAAGAGAUCUCCAGUGAUACCAGUUGUUAACAAGUUCCUAAUCAACAAUGGAAUUUAAUAAAAAAUAAUAACAUUUCUGAUUUCAUAACAGUCAACGAAAACUAUCGAUUGCGAAUUGCGAACGAACGAUAUUUGAUUCUAAGCCCCGUCCUUUAUGGGCAAAAUUCGCUGAGAUUUCUGUUCCAUUAUUUCAUGGCUACAUCACAUCAUAACAAAGGAUGAAUAGAAGAAUUUAUAAAUGAAUAAAUAAAUUGAUCGAUUAUUCUAUUGAACUAGCUUCUUCCCAAUAAAAUGGAUAACGUACAGUACAAAAUCGUUUACAAUAUGAAAUUAUAUUAUUAUAUUUAAAGUUAUGCCAAUUACAAUAACAGUUGACUGAAUUUAACUGAAGUUGAAUGAUGAUAUAUCUAUUUUCAAUAGUUUAAAUAAUGUGUAUUGUAUAUUGUAUUGAUUGAUUGAUGAUGAUUGUUGUAUAGGUCUACCGGGGUUUGGAUUAUAAAAUGUUAUUUAUUUUUUUCGCAAAUAUAGAGCAGAUGACUAUGCUGCUCACACACACUAUAGUGAGAUUCAUAUUAUAAAGUAAGUAUCUGAUCAACAUUGUUUUGCUAUCCUUGGCUGUCAUUAGAGAAAGUAGAUUACACUAUCCUUCUCCAACUUUACAACGUUGCCAAAUUGUUUGUAUGAAGAAAUAUAAUGAACCAAGAAAAUAUUCAAUUUCAAAAAUAUAUAUUUUCUUGGUAAAUAGAAUAUAGUUUGAGAUAGAAUCGAUUAUUAUUAACAGAAAUCAAUCAUUAAUAUUAGAUCGGGAUAACUUGAAUCACUGGUCGACUAUGGUCUUUAGCAGGCGGUGGAACCGGGAAAGUGACAUCAAUGCAUUCCCAUCAUUUCCACAGACUGUGUAACGUGAAUCCAUACAAUUCGUUCCAUAAAUCGUGGUCGACUAUAAAAACUAAUACAAUUAUAAGAGUUAUUUUGUAAUCUUAAACAUGCCUUAAAGCCUGUUUUCACUACAACCAAGUGACGAAUACAAGAAUUUAUUCUUGAAAACACUUUUCUAUACUGUAAAACAUAUUAUUUGUUUUACGGUAUUGGAGAUUUUUAAUAAUUUUUCUUAACUAGGCUAGGCAGCAUUUGCUAGUAUAUUUUUUGAGAAAUAUAAGUGAUUAUGAAAAUCAAUUACCGUAUAUUAAAUUGUUGUAUCUCGAUCAGAGCUAUUACAUUUUUGUUAUGAGUUUUCCUGUUCCUUGAGCUCGUUAACAUUCGCUUGCAAUUCAAUGGGCAAAAAUUGCACAAUAAUUUGCCCAGUUCAGAAGUUGUGUUAAAUAUGAGAGUUCAUCAUGAAACCUUCGUUUUUAUUUUAAAUGCGUGAAUGUUUGUAUGAGCCAUUAAUAGAGUGUGACAUGGAAUUAAUGUUAUAUCAAGUCAACUUUUGAAAUUAAUGUCGAAUUGAUAGAUAAUUAUUGUAGACUAUCAAAGUCUUUAAUAUUAUUGAGUUGUAAUUCUCAUAACUCAGUACUAUUCCACUGUUUGUAAGAUUUUUUCACGCAUAGUCAUGAAAGCACUGUAAAAAAAUUAUUGUUAGUCGAAGUUUCGAUUAAUCAUUGAUAUAAGAUUUUUCAAAUCAAUACAUUCUAUGAAAAGUAAUUUGUCGAAUUUUGUAAUUCAAUUGAGAGGCAAUAUCAUAGCAAUUCUGUUUUGUGCACUUUCAUAAUGUAUAAUUCAUCAAUUUUCUCAAAACAAUAAAAUAUAUUGGCAUCGAAAUUGAUACAAAGGUAUUAAUUUCUCUUGACUUCAAAAAUUUCAAUUUUUUAAAACUUUAAUCACUUCAAUUACUACACAGAGAUUUACUCAUGAAUUAACAGUGUAAAGAUGUAUAUUAAUACUAUUAUGUAAAUAGGGUAGAUUUUAUUAUACUCUGAAUAACCUUUCAUUGUUGAAAGGAAGGGUUGACAUUGUACAAAGAAGCAUGAAUCUACUUAUAUAGAUAAUAAUUAUUAAUACUUUUUUUCCUUAAACUCAUCAGACUUUUUCGUGCUUUCUUCAGCAUUUAUUGAAAUGCCAAAUUACUGUUUGUGUAAAUCUUAUAAGUCUUGUGUAAAUCUUUUAAUUGUGUCAAUAUUUGAAGAGACUCAUGACUGAUUCCGCUGAAUAAAAAAUACAUGUAUGUAUUUUACAUUUUAUAAUUUACAUACUAUUUACAUACGUACAAUGUAUUUUUAUAUUGGAUUAGGUCUUCCAUUUUUUUUCUCCAAGAGGAUUGAUAUUCGUCCGUGGAACUAACGGUUUAAUAAGUUAGAAACUUUCUGGAUAUUUAGAUAUUACCUGGAUUAGAAUAUUAUUAAAUUCUAAUUUAAAUGGUCAAUACAAUUCAAUAUAAUCAAUUUCCAUUUUUUAAUUCACUUUGAUCAUGUCAGUCUCCAAUUAUAAUUUUCUAGUCUUCAUCAAUAUUCGAGGUACAAAUUUUCAGAGUCAUGAUUUAAGAGAACGUUAUCUGAAAUUCUUUGGUUAUAAGUAUUUGAGAUUGCUAAGGACCAAAUCAUAUUUUUGCGGCGUGGGGUUGAGGCGUGUGUUUUGAAGCUAAUCAACAUGACAAUGCAACAAUAUUAUUGGUCAUUCAAGUGAAAAUAUCAACUAUAAAUACAGAGACCGGCAUAUUAAUCUGACGAUUUUGUAGUAAUUGUUAUGUUCGAACCACUGUCAUUGAAACGGGGGAAAUGUUGUACAUCGACAGUUCUAUUCUUGUCAUUUCAGUAGCCAGUAUGUUUUGGUGAAGUGAACAUGAAGCGAUUGUGAUCGAAGCUUAUUUUUAAAAUAAUGACUCAGUUAUUCUAACCAGCGUUUAUGUCGCAGACAUUUCAAUAAUUUAAAUCGACACGCGCCUGUUUCCCCAGUAAGAAUACGAUCUUGUUGUGGGUAAAUAAUUUCAGGAACCCGUUGUCCGCUUUAAAAACUAAACCAACAGGACGAAAACGAACCGUGAGAACGCCUGAAAACGCCUGAGUAGCUGCUAGACGGUCUCCACGACGUUCAGCAGUGAAACAUGCUGUUGCGCUACCCAUUUCUGAUCGAAGUGUACGACGAAUUCUUCAUUCCGACCUAAAAUUCCAUCCGUAUAGGAUAAUGUUAGUACAAGUGCAACAACUCAAUUCAAAUUAUUGGGCACAUUGCAAAACCGCUUGUGAGAUCAUUCUCGAAAAUGUCCACCAGGAUGCCGUUAUUCUUUCAAGUUACUAUAUAACAUUUUCAUUUUUCGGGAUUUGUGAAUAAACAAAAUUACCGUUAUUGAGCAGCCAAUAAUCUACAGAACUAAAGGAAGUCAUUCAACGAGAAAUUGAAGCAAUUUCACAAGUGAUGAUUGAGCGAGCAAUGGCAAAUUUUAGAAUUAGGUUAGGUGAGUGUGUGAAAAGUAACGGAAAUCAUUUGGAUGACAUAAUCUACCAAUAAACAACUUUUUGAGAAAUCUAUGUAAUUCACUAUAAAUUGCAAAAUUUGAUCUUUAAUUUGAUAUAUGAUUUAAUUGUACAAAACACACUUUAGUUAUUAUACCUCACAAAUCGUCAGGUUUUUAUGCAGGUUCUGUAUAACUAGUAACUAUUGGUUUCAAGUAUAAAACUGGAUUCUCACAUAUCAGACUAAAAUUGCCAUGGGUUCCAAUAGGACUAUUCGUACUCGGUGCCGGUUACUUUCACUUGCACUGAUGCUGAUAUGUUGAAUUCCAGCUUUAUCGCCUGAAACACUGGAACUUAGUACCUCUCUGAUAUUUUCUGCUAAUUGCAAUUUGGCUUCUUCAUCCGAUUCUGUUACAAUACUAGUAUUUUAUUCAUAAAAUCUUCGAAUUGAAAAAAUUGUCAAUUUUUUUGGAACAAUACGAAAUGCGCAGUUGAAAAAGCUAUGCAUUGUACUGUGCUGAGUUGAAGUAUUAUCUUCGAUCACUCAAUACUAUAAAGAAUUUUAUUUUUAGAUAUUAAAUUUAAGUUUAUAUUUACUCUUACUCAUAACACUUGUCCAAAUGAGAAUAUAAUACUAGCCUAUGACUUUAUGAAUAGAAUUCUAUAUAUUUGAAAGAAAUUUUAUUUCGCUUUCCAAACAAUGACUCAACAUUCAUUCCCUCCCCCCCGCUAUUAAAAUGUCCACAUAUAUAUAUAUAUAUAUAUAUAUAUAUAUAUAUAUAUAUAUUAUAUAUAUAUAUAUUAAUUAAUAAAAAAAUAUGAGUGCUUAAUGGACUGAUUCCUACCAUACAUAAAUAAAAAUAUUUUGCAUUGUAUUAUUAAUAAUAGUGUUUGAUUUUAUUUCAACUAGUGAAACUUUGUAUUAGUUUAUGAAGAUAUUUCCCAGAUUUUUAUCUUGGUAUGUAUUGUUUGUUUAUCAUGGUUAAAAAUGUGCAAUAGAAUUGAUUUUAAUACAGUAUUGUUUUUAUUGUGAAUUCUAAUAUUAUAUAUAUGAUUUUUAAUGUAGACCUUUCCAAAAUUGUUGAAAAUUGUGAAUGUAAAUAAAAUAAUCAGAUUAAUUCUAAA